AUGGCGCGGUUCCCCAGGGCCGACCUGGCCGCGGCGGGAGUUGUGCUACUUUGCCACUUUCUGAUGGACUGCUGUCAGUUCGCCCAAGGGGAGCCUGGACGCCGAAGGGACGAUUGGCAGUAUGAAGUUGCCCAGGCCAUCCCUCCAACAGAAGAGGUAGAAGUGGACUCACAUGCCUACAGCCACAGGUGGAAAAGGAGCCUGGACUCCCUCAAGGGGAUAGAUACGAAUCGGGCCAGCAUGGGUCAAGACGCCCCAGAUCCCAGAGGCUUCACCGACCUGCUUCUGGACGAUGGACAGGACAACAACACUCAGAUUGAGGAGGAUACAGAUCAUAAUUACUAUAUAUCUCGAAUAUAUGGUCCAUCAGAUUCAGCCAGUCGGGAUCUGUGGGUGAACAUAGACCAAAUGGAAAAAGACAAAGUAAAGAUUCAUGGAAUAUUAUCCAAUACUCAUCGGCAAGCUGCAAGAGUGAAUCUGUCCUUCGAUUUUCCAUUUUACGGCCAUUUCCUACGUGAAAUCACUGUGGCAACUGGCGGUUUCAUAUACACUGGAGAAGUUGUACAUCGAAUGCUCACAGCCACACAGUAUAUUGCACCUUUAAUGGCAAAUUUCGAUCCCAGUGUGUCCAGAAAUUCAACAGUCAGGUAUUUUGAUAACGGCACAGCACUUGUUGUCCAGUGGGACCAUGUACAUCUCCAGGAUAAUUACAACCUGGGAAGCUUCACAUUCCAGGCAACCCUGCUCAUGGACGGACGCAUCAUCUUUGGAUACAAAGAAAUUCCUGUCUUGGUCACACAGAUAAGUUCAACCAAUCAUCCAGUGAAAGUGGGGCUGUCUGAUGCGUUUGUCGUUGUCCACAGGAUCCAGCAAAUUCCCAAUGUUCGAAGAAGAACAAUUUAUGAGUAUCACCGAGUAGAGCUUCAAAUGUCAAAAAUUACCAACAUUUCUGCUGUGGAAAUGACCCCAUUACCUACAUGUCUCCAGUUUAAUGGUUGUGGCCCCUGUGUGUCCUCUCAGAUUGGCUUCAACUGCAGUUGGUGUAGUAAACUUCAAAGAUGUUCCAGUGGAUUUGACCGCCAUCGACAGGACUGGGUGGACAGUGGAUGCCCGGAAGAGUCAAAAGAGAAGAUGUGUGAGAACUCGGGGCCAGUGGAAAGUUCUUCCCAAGCCACCACGACUGUCAGAUCGACCACCACACAGUUCAGGGUCUUGACCACCACCAGAAGAGCAGCCACAUCCCAGCUGCCCACCAGCCUGCCCACAGAAGAUGAUACCAAGAUAGCACUACAUCUAAAAGACAAUGGAGCCUCCACAGAUGACAGCGCGGCUGAGAAGAAAGGGGGGAGCCUUCACGCCGGCCUCAUCGUGGGGAUCCUCAUCCUGGUGCUCAUCAUAGCGGCAGCCGUUCUCGUGACGGUCUACAUGUAUCACCACCCGACAUCAGCUGCCAGCAUCUUCUUCAUUGAGAGACGCCCAAGCAGAUGGCCCGCGAUGAAAUUUCGAAGAGGUUCUGGACAUCCUGCCUAUGCUGAAGUUGAACCAGUUGGAGAGAAAGAAGGUUUUAUUGUAUCAGAGCAGUGCUAAAAUUUGUAGGACACAACAGCACCAGUACUGGCUUACAGGUGUUAAGACUAAAAUUUUACCGAUACCUUUAAAACACAUGCGCGCACACACACACACAUGCAUACACACAAAGGAGCCCUGAGCUGCUGUAGCGUGGAGACGAGAUUUCUGGACAAGCCCAGCCCAGGAAGGGUACAAGAAAAACUCAGACUUAUACAAGAUACCAUUUACACCGAACACAGGAUCCCCUAGUGGGAUGGCAUCUCUAGUUCACAUGGGGUAUCUCCUGUGGAUUUAUCAGAAGUUAUGACAAGAUUACAAUGCUUUUGCUUAGGUGCAGGGUUGCAAAGAGAUCGAGAAAACAAUAAUAAUAAAGCUUUAGUUCACAAGGGAUCGACACCUUUGAUUCAAAUGUUCUUUGAUGUCUCAGAGAUAACUGUGUUCCAAAGCCCGAACCCUUUCACUCAGAAGAGCAAUGAGGAAUGUUUCAAGAUUUUGCUAAGAAAAAUGGCUCUGCAGGAGCAAGCGCAAACACAACAUAAGGGAUUUUCUAUCUUUUCCAAACAGAGGUGUGGCAAAGGGAUUUUGUUUUUCUGCUCUGGACCCAUUUCUCCUAACAAGUCUGUUACUUUACAAGGUAACUCGUUCAUCUGUACAGGAGGUUCAAACUAUGCCUGCCUUUUCCUCAGUAAUGACUGCCCUUACUAUGAGCUGUGACAAAAUUUCCAAACUUUUAGCUAAGGACAGAGAAAGAGGGAGUCACGAAAGAGGCUUCCCAUUCCCCUGCCUCAGAAUAAAACAUCUGAUUUGUUUUAAGAGUGUUGACUCCACUUCCCAAUUAGGAAGUCCCAUGAAACCACUGUUGCUCUUGGCUGAAGGAAACAAAAGGAAAUAAUAUGAAGAAUUCCUUAAUCAUUUUUGGAACAAAAAAUGUUAAGAGAUUUCCAACAUGUGGGUUCUUAGGUGUUGCCAUUUCAAUCAAAAGGCCCAUUUCAUUGUUGAUUCCUGUCUAAGAAGCCAUUCAAGUCAGCAUAUCCCUGGAGAUGGGAAGAAUGAAAGAACCCUGCUGAACCAUACAGUAAUUUUCUUUAAAGCACAUAGUAGUUACAUAAAUAUAUAUUAUAUAUAUAAAUAUAUUUUUGUUUAUAACUAACACAAGGCAGGCUCUUGUGACUCUUAAGAGUGCAUUUUGUCAUCAAGACAAAACAAAUGCAAGAUGUAUCACUGCAGUACUUCCAUAGAGUUGUAAAAUAGUCCUUAAUAUCAGAAUAUUUUUAUGUCACUUAGCAAAAGUGGUUCAAUUAGUUACAAUACCUAUCUCUUUUCUGCCUCCUUGAUCCACUCUUUUCAUUGGCAUCAACCCCCCUCCCUCCCUUACUAAAUAAAGCAGAUUGCAAGAAGCUCCUCCUAUGGAGCUGUCAUUUGUCCUGUCAUCACAACCCAGGUUUUGAAAAUUCCUCCCGAAUGAAGAAAGGAAAGGCCACGCUUGAUCAGUACGUACACUGAUCUCCCGAAGUUUGAAUUCAAGUACUGUGUGUUUAAUUUCAUCAGCAUCCCAACCCAUGACACUCUUACAAUGUGCUGACAACUGUUGCUUCUUCCAAGACACAGUGCUCAACAUUUGCAGAUUCAGGUCCCCAGGAGCAGAGAUGUCUCAAGAAGCACUUUACCAACAGCUUAGCAUCUAUACCCAGAGUCAGCAAUGGACAUCAGUCCACUAAGUGUCACUCUGCCAACACGUUACUCUGAUGUAAACGGUGUCCUUUUCCUUCGCAUGAAUUUUGCUUUAUUUUUGAGUACUUGAUGAGGGUGGUAACUCUUUCCUAACCUACUGAGUUAAAAAUGAAAAACAAGGUAAUUGGAGGAUGUGAUGACAAUCUCUGUGCCGUAGCCAUGCUCAGUUUCUGUGAAAUAUCCUGGCUGACUUCUGGAGAAGGUUGGUCGGAUAGCAGUAACCACACGACUUGCCAAUGUAACUGGUGCAAUGGUAUUCUACAAAUCCAUAAGGAACACUUGGACGACUUCCUUUUUUUAGGAUAACAUGAUGCUUCUUUCACUAGCUUUUGUGGCAGAUGUGGCUUUUAGUAGCAGUUGUUUGGCUGUUACAUAUAUCUUGCAUCUACAUCCAACUCCUUACACAAUUCUUUGAAGUAGUCAUGUUAUCCUUACAACCUUCAUGGCUCACCUGCCAUUUUAGAUGGAAAACAAUCGAUAGUUCUACCUUUUAAAAAAGCCGUGAAACUCUGAAUUGUUCAGUAAACCAAAGCACCAGUAACAGGGACAUGUGUUUGGAGGUACAAGGCUGCUAACGUGUGGGAAAACUUCAUAAUACAACUGAAAGCUAAAGUCUAUUGUAUGGGACUCCCUUGGUAGGAAGGACGUCAUCUGCAUCCCCAUCUUACAUAAAGACAUUUGUUCUAUUUUGUAUCUUGGGUUUGUUCCUGGUUCCCAUUUGUUACGAGGAACAGCAACCAAACACAAAGUUUCUGGAAAUUCAGAAUGGACAACAGUGCUUUGGACUACAUACAUGAUGUGUUAGAGAGGUUUCCUGUGUACCGUAUUUAAUAUAUCAUGAAUAGUAGAAAGAAUAACAGUAAAAUUAAGAAUAUAGCAGGAUGUAUGCAAACUGCUGGAAAAAUCAGAUAAAUGGUGCUACAGAGGGUUUUAUUUAGUUAUUUCAUUUCAAUUAUAUGUAAAAAUAAUGGCAAUUAAAGGUAUUAAAAGUCAAAAAAAUCUAUUUAGUCAACCAGAUGUCAUUGACCACUAUAUUAGUUUGUUUAUGAAGGGUUUAGACUUUUAAGUAUACUAACAAAUAAAAGACAGAUAAAGAUAGAUGAUAACAUAUAAUUGACCUCCAAUUAUUAUUUCAGUUUGAGAUGCCUGGCACAUCUGCUAAUCUCAGACAUGUAGCUUCUAAAGCUGUGUUGUCUGGUAGCUAAAUGUGGUUAUUGAAAUGUAAAUUAAUUAAGAUUACAUAAAAUUAAAGUCACACUAGCCAUAUUUCAAGUGCUUAGGAGCCAACAUAGAACAUAUCAAUCAUCAUAGAAAAUUCCAUCAGUUCUAUAGAGGUAUUUCCUUUGAAUUCCUUCUCCUUGAAGAAAAAGCAGGAGACAGAAAAAUAGCCCUUGGGCAUAUCCAAGCCUAUUUUAUCUCAGAGAGGCCCCAAGGAGAAAUGAAAAAAAUACCACCUGGAAUGGCUUUGAGCCUCCGCUGUGUCUCCUUAAGGAAGUCCCUUCACUCUCCAUGAGCCUCAAUUUACGAUUUUGGAAAAUACGUGUAUUUUUGUCUUCCUUGCAAGAUCAUUACAAAGAAGAAUAAAUAAGCAGAUAUAUAGACAUUUAAUAACUUAUGUCAGUGUAACCCAUGUGAAGCACAUCUCCUGGUCCGAAGAGUUGUUCAGUCCAAAACUCAUUGAAAUCUUGGUGCAUUUUAUGAGAGAGUGUCAAAGGAGAGUGCGUGCAAAACAUACAGCAAAUUCAUUUUUGUCCAGUCUUAAUAUUCCCUCUGAUGUUUGCUCCAUGUGACGUCUGUCCCUCUCCCACCCCAAAGUUGUCUGUGUGCACCCUUAACUGGUUCAGUUCAUUGCUGCAUAGAGUCCACUGCUUCUGUGGUUUCCUGGUUUCCAAUGUCACAGCAAAGGGAGACCUACAACCUGACUUAUAGACUUUUCUUUAGAAGUCUAUACCUCAAAGAUCAAUAAUUUCAUAUUUAUUUUAUCCCUGGAACACAAAUGUAAGGGGCUUUAAAUAUGAAAAUAUAUAGCACUUAUUUUUAAAUGUAAAACUGCAAAUGCUGACUAUGAAAGGGAUAAAAUUACUUUAUGAUAAUUUCUAGAUAAUAUGUAUUUUUAGAUCAGUAUAAUUUACUAGCUUUUGGAAAAAAUUCUUAUGUUAUUUCUUCAUAAAAGAGCAUUAAGUUAGCAAUUUUCCUAGUGCCUGUUGCCCAUUUGAGGAAACAUUUUGCUAGAUUCCUUGGUCUAGGGCAUUUCCAUUCUAUGGUUUAAAAAAUUAAUACAUAAAAGUACUAAAAAAUAGGACCUAUAGUUAUGAUUGCUCCCUCUUGUGAAAUGUUCUCUCUCUCUCUCUCUCUCUCUCUCUCUCUCUCUCUUUUUUAAUUUCUUCAGGCAUUUUCCAUAUGUUUCAGUAUAGUGUACUUUAUUCAUUUAAAAAAAAUUAUUUUACUUUUCUUUUCUCAUGCCCACCCCUUCUUUUAGUAUCAGUGCCCAUUUGCCAGAAUCCUGGGUGAUUAAAUCCAGCCUCUUCAUUCUACAGAUAAAAAAAAACAAA